UUUAUUUUUUAUUCAACCUCAAACGUAGAAGCUUUGACCCUUCCAUCAUUUUGCUGUCUCUUCUUCAUCUGUAGUUUCUACCUCGCUUCUAGACUGCCUGAGUCUGGAAAGAGGUGGCUGGCUACCCAUUCAACCUAACGACUUUUCAAUUCUUUUCAAAGUCAUUAUUUCGCAGAGAUUAUUUGUAAUAUAAUUUAGAUAUCCCAGACUCAAGAAUUUCUCCCUUCUUAACGGUUCGAAUUUAAUUUUGUGGGUACUUAAUAAUUGAAGUCUUCUGCUAUGAGUUCGAACCCUACAUCGAGUUCUGGUGCUGGAUCAACAGAUCCUUCAGCAGCUAGAAGAAAUUCAAAGCGACCCAAGUAUUCAAGGUUCACCCAACAGGAGCUUCCAGCUUGCAAACCUAUCUUAACUCCUCGUUGGGUGAUUUCCGCAUUCAUGGUUGUCAGCAUUGUGUUUAUUCCAAUUGGAGUUGCUUCACUAUUUGCAUCUCGUGAUGUUGUUGAAAUUGUAGACCGUUAUGAUGAUGACUGUAUACCUGGGUCUAAAAGUGCAAAGAUCAGCUACAUCACAGGACCAAGUGAUAAAACCUGCAUUAGGACACUAAAUGUUUCGAAGCAUAUGAAAGCACCUAUUUAUAUUUACUACCAGCUUGAUAACUUUUAUCAGAACCAUCGCAGGUAUGUGAAAAGUCGAAGUGAUCAGCAAUUGAGGCAUAACAGAAGUGCUAAUGAAGUAAGCGCUUGCAAACCAGAGGAUACUGCAAACGGGAAGCCAAUUGUGCCUUGUGGUCUAAUAGCUUGGAGUUUGUUCAAUGAUACUUAUAGUUUUUCUAUAAGCAACAGGAACUUAACUGUCAACAAGAAUGGAAUUGCAUGGAAGAGUGAUAGAGAUCACAAAUUUGGGAAGGAUGUCUUCCCAAGUAAUUUUCAGAAGGGAGGACUUAUUGGGGGUGCUAGUUUAAAUGAAUCUAUUCCACUUAGUGAUCAAGAGGAUCUCAUAGUAUGGAUGCGAACUGCUGCUCUUCCUACUUUCCGGAAAUUAUAUGGCAAAAUACAUCAGGACCUGCAAGCUGGAGAUGUCAUAAAUGUCACUCUCAAGAACAACUACAAUACCUACAGCUUCAAUGGGAAGAAGAUGCUGGUACUCUCCACAACUAGUUGGCUCGGCGGGAAAAAUGACUUCCUUGGCAUUGCCUAUCUUACUGUUGGUGGCUUGUGUUUCUUUUUGGCAAUGUUAUUCACUCUCAUUUAUCUUGUGAAGCCAAGGCGACUUGGGGAUCCUUCUUACUUGUCAUGGAACAGAAAUCCAGGAGGAAGAUAAUCAGUUGUUGGGCUUGUGUUUGUAUCUGGAAGAGAUUUUGUAAAUUGAAAAUACUUGAUUAGUAGUGUAAUUGAAUGUUAAUGGAAAAUGUACACUCUAGAAAAAAAUGUUUGGUUCUCGGGAUUUGGAUGCUAUGAGGGAAAUGUGUUAUGUAUAA